AAAAAGGAUUUUAUAAAUGAUCCAAAUUAAAAUUGUACUUCCGGUUGCGAAACUUAUGAAGGGUAGUGUAUCUCAGGUAAUCGUAAUCCCCAAUGUGACGGAGAAGUUAAAGAACGGAAUUAAAUGAAAAGGAUCGCAGGCAACAACAAUUAAAAAACGGCAUGUUUCUGGAAGAUAAAAGGAGUGAAAUCACUAGGCUUGUAGAUUUGAAUAUAAAUCUUACUUUGUGUUAUGUUUAACUCAUACCAUAACUGGAGAGUACAUGGAUAGUCAAACAAUAAGAUUUAAUCUAAAAUAGAAAUUCGAAUCAUGGCGUGUGGGUGUUGCUGCACUAAAUCCCAACGAAAAUUGGACUAUGAGUUCGCUACAUCUACAUCUUGUCAUGGGUUGGGGAGGAUUGCUGAUUCCUCACGGAAACCCCAAAGGAUUUUUUGGAUCCUCGUGACUCUGUUUUGUUUUGGAUAUAUGGUGUCACAAAUCGUCGAUAGAUUUGACCACUUCAUGCAAAUGAAACAAACCACUGAAUUGGAGGUGAUGAUGGACCAAACAAGUCUCGAAUUCCCCGCUGUUACUAUAUGCAAUUACAAUAAGUACAGACUCAGCGCAAUGACGGAGUCUGACGCCAUUAUCCUUUCAAACUCAGCAUUGCUGAUGUCAUAUCUGCAAUGGGGGGUCCCCCUCGACGAAGAACACGUGAAGUUUGCUCAGGAGUUAGAAUAUAACAUAACUCAACUUUACCCAGAUGGAUUUGAUAUGGGCAAUUUGACAAGGCGAGUUGGUUGGCAGAUGGAUGACACAACAUUGCUGUGGUGCCGGAUCGCUGGGAAGCAGUGUACCUUUGAGGACUUCAGCCUUGUUCAGACAUCAUAUGGGAACUGUUACACAUUUAACCGAUACCCUCGAGAGCCAAACGUUUAUAAGCAGACAGUACAUGGGACAGGCGGGGGUCUAAGGAUAGUUCUAGACAUCAACCAGAGUGACUACACAGAGGUAUUUGCCUUUGGCGGUAACUCGGAGGCUGGGAUCAAAUUUCUGGUGCAUCCCCAGUACGAGCCACCAUCCGUAGAAAGCGAAGGUUAUGCGGUGUCACCGGGAUUUAGAGCUUACGCUGGAAUACGCUAUGACGAGUUACAAAAUGCAGUUUCACCGUGGGGAAAGUGUGACCCUGAGGCAAAGCUGAAAUUUUACGAGAAGUACUCUUUUGAAGGAUGUCUCAGUGAAUGCCGAGAGGGGAAGUUAUUGGAACGAUGCGGUUGUAAGCCUUACUCGAUUCCUGGCAACAUACCAAAUUGUCUUCCUACUAAAGCAGUUACAUGUGCAAAUGAGAUUCUAGGUGCUAUAGAAGAAAAUCCUAAGGAGGAGUGUCCCCAAUGUACGGUGGCCUGUGAAGAAGUGGAGUACCCAGUUUCUUUAUCCUAUGCAACGUUUCCCAAUCAUAAUAUAGCGAAAGAGCUUUUUGAGAUAUUUGAUGUCACCGAAGACUAUAUAAGGGAUAAUAUUGUUGAAUUGGAUAUUUACUUUAGAGACCUCUAUCGGCAUCUUACGAAAAUGAGCCCCGCUGUGACACCAUCUGGAUUACUCAGUGACCUUGGCGGGCAAAUGGGUCUUUUCGUAGGAAUGAGCAUUCUGACUUUGUUUGAAUUUUUGGAGUUUACACUCAGACGUUUAUAUUUGGGAUGUUUUCGAAGAAAUGCAGAGGACACUUCAGACGUAAAAGAUGGAGACAUUGAAGCUGAAAAUGUAACAAAUAGGGAAAUGGAGGAUAAGUCAAAGAACAGCCCGAAACAAGAGAAACAAUCAAAUAUGCAUCAUAGACAUUUCACAGGAGAUAGCGCUAGCAACGAUAGGACUAAAGAGAAAGAUAAUGUAGCAUAUGUUUCGUCAUUCUGAUAUUCAUCAUAUCUGUCUGUUUUCCUACUAGAAAUAUUUUUUAAAGGAACUCACAGAAGGCCAUGUUUUCUCAUCGUAUGAUGUGUCGUUUAUAUAAAGUAGUGUUUUCCAUGACACCACUACCAUUACGAACUUAAAUAAGAAAGUUCAAAAAAUAAAGUCAAAAUAAGUUUAAAAGGUUAUUAUUCUAUCUUGGGUCCCUCUAAACACACCAUUUUU